AUGUGGAACAUCGUGAUUGAGGAUUCCAGAACGCUGCGAAAAGUCCGUUUUCUCGAGCCAAUUGAGCCUCGGGAGCAGGUAAUACGGCGCCCACGCUUCAGAUCCGGUAUCAGAAUGUCAAAAUGGGUGCCCGGGCAAGACACAGAGUGUUGGGUGCCAUCAGAACUCCACCCAGCGUUUUACAAAGCGGUGGCUCGAGCACCACGUCAGUUUGCCCCGCAUAUAGGUCCGCUUGGAUGGGACCUGUCUUGCCAAAUCCACGUUCAACCGCUGUCAUCACUUCGCGCAUGGGUGUCUGAAAACAACCUGCACAAAGCCCUGAUAUGUCAGCCGCCGUGCAAGCGCCUUCGUUGCUGGACCCUCUCCCCUUCACCGCCGAAUGAAGUGUUUCACUCUGCGACUGGCGUGACAUUUCAAGACCUCGUAGAUCUCGCAAAUUCCAGGAACGCCGAGACUCAUACAUCGUCACGCCCAUGUGUACACUUCUCCUUGCUAGACGUCACCAACGUGACUGACGAUGAGAACAAAGCUCGGAUCGAUACGGCGAGGAGAAAAUACGAAAGGAGAGAGCUGGUGGCGCAAAAGAAGCUCGCGGUCAAGGAGAACCGGAAGGGCCUGGACAAGAUUUCUGUCUUCGAUCGUUCGGAAGAGUGUGAUCUGUCUGCUCUCUUUGAGGAGUACUCGCUGGAGAACUGA